AUGACGCGAGCCCUAGCCGGAAGUGAAGGAAAAAGCGCCUCAGCCCGCGGCGCCUGCGCAGAAGGCUCUAGACGCUGUGAAGCAGGAGGCACUUGGGAUCGUCCGCAGGAUUGGGACCGCUACAGAGGCCGCCACGGAGCCCGCCGGAGCCACCGUUCCUGCUGCUGCUGCCGGUGCCCGAAUCGGAACCGUCGGGCCGCAGCCGCCGGCAAUGCCGCGAAGGAAGAGGAAUGCAGGCAGUAGUUCAGAUGGAACCGAAGAUUCCGAUUUUUCUACAGAUCUCGAGCACACAGACAGUUCAGAGAGUGAUGGCACAUCACGGCGAUCUGCCCGAGUCACCCGUUCCUCAGCCCGGCUGAGCCAGAGUUCCCAAGAUUCCAGUCCUGUUCGAAAUUUACAGUCUUUUGGCACUGAGGAGCCUGCUUAUUCUACCAGGAGAGUGACCCGAAGCCAGCAGCAGCCUACCCCAGUGACUCCGAAAAAAUACCCGCUUCGGCAGACUCGUUCGUCUGGCUCAGAAACUGAGCAAGUGGUUGACUUUUCAGAUAGAGAAACUAAAAAUACAGCUGAUCAUGAUGAGUCUCCCCCUCGAACUCCAACUGGAAAUGCACCUUCUUCUGAGUCUGAUAUAGAUAUCUCCAGCCCCAAUGUGUCUCACGAUGAGAGCAUUGCCAAGGACAUGUCCCUGAAGGACUCAGGCAGUGAUCUUUCUCAUCGCCCCAAGCGCCGUCGCUUCCAUGAAAGCUACAAUUUUAACAUGAAGUGUCCUACACCAGGCUGUAACUCUCUAGGACACCUUACAGGAAAACAUGAGAGACAUUUCUCUAUCUCAGGAUGUCCGCUAUAUCAUAACCUCUCAGCUGACGAAUGCAAGGCACCAACAGAGAGGCAACUGCGCUAUAAGGAAAAGGUUGCUGAACUCAGGAAGAAAAGAAAUUCUGGGCUAAGCAAAGAACAGAAAGAGAAAUAUAUGGAACACAGGCAGACCUAUGGGAACACGCGGGAACCUCUAUUAGAAAACCUGACUAGCGAGUAUGACUUGGAUCUUUUCCGAAGAGCACAAGCCCGAGCUUCAGAGGAUUUGGAGAAGUUAAGGCUCCAAGGCCAAAUCACAGAGGGGAGCAACAUGAUUAAAACAAUUGCUUUUGGUCGCUACGAGCUCGAUACUUGGUACCAUUCUCCCUAUCCUGAAGAAUAUGCACGACUGGGACGUCUCUACAUGUGUGAAUUCUGUUUAAAAUACAUGAAGAGCCAAACAAUACUCCGCCGACACAUGGCUAAAUGUGUAUGGAAACACCCCCCCGGUGAUGAGAUAUAUCGCAAAGGUUCAAUAUCCGUGUUUGAAGUGGAUGGCAAGAAAAACAAGAUCUACUGCCAGAACCUAUGCCUGUUGGCCAAGCUUUUUCUGGACCACAAGACAUUAUAUUAUGAUGUGGAACCCUUCCUGUUCUAUGUUAUGACAGAAGCGGACAACACUGGCUGUCACCUGAUUGGAUAUUUUUCCAAGGAGAAGAACUCAUUCCUCAACUACAAUGUAUCCUGUAUCCUUACCAUGCCUCAGUACAUGAGGCAGGGCUAUGGCAAGAUGCUCAUUGAUUUCAGUUAUUUGCUUUCUAAAGUGGAAGAAAAAGUUGGCUCCCCAGAGCGUCCACUCUCAGAUUUGGGUCUCAUAAGCUAUCGCAGUUACUGGAAAGAAGUGCUUCUUCGUUAUCUGCAUAAUUUCCAGGGCAAAGAGAUUUCUAUCAAAGAAAUUAGCCAGGAGACAGCUGUGAAUCCUGUGGACAUUGUCAGCACUCUGCAAGCUCUUCAGAUGCUCAAGUAUUGGAAAGGAAAACACCUAGUUUUAAAGAGACAGGACCUGAUUGAUGAGUGGAUAGCCAAAGAGGCCAAGAGAUCCAACUCCAAUAAAACCAUGGAUCCCAGCUGUUUAAAAUGGACCCCUCCCAAGGGCACUUAAAGUGACCUGUUACUCUGAGCCAGCGAACCCCAGCAGUAGGAAUCCGUACCCUAGGGAUCUGUCUGUCAUUUCUGUCGCUCUUGUGAUUGGCAAGUACAGUAUCCUUUGGGAAGGCCAUCCCCCUCAGGACUAUCCUGGCUCCGACCUUUGUGUACACUGCAGACGCUGGUUCUGAGGAACUGUUGUUUCGGCCUCAGUGAGGUUGCCUGGAUGGGAUCUAUAUUAGACUUGAUUGACGGUCCCUCGUAGCACUGACCCAUGGUGUUCUGUUUGGUACUGUACCUGUCCAGUCACUGGUUCUCUCCUCAUGUUCUCUAGCCCUGUGAGGUUAUGUUAUGUCUUCUAAACUUUGUAAUAGUGCUUUUUGCCAUCUGGUUGCCAGACCUCCAAAUAUGGUUGCCACUGCUGGGACCUUUCCAGUUUUUCCUUACAUGUGUGUUUUGGAGGGGCAGGGAAGAGGUGUAACACUUCUGAGUGUGUAUACUGGGAGGGGUCCAUUCCCUUUGGAUUUCAUCCCACUUAAAAUUUCUUCCUCCAUUUUUAUUGAAAGACCUGUUUUGAUCAUAUCAGGCUGGCCAGAGCCAAAUACUUUUGAAGCCUCUCCCAGGGAUUAGUCUUGGUAACAGCACAUAAUCUAUCUGAAUGAGAUGGAGAGAAAUAAGAGAUGGUGAUUCUGUAUUUUGCAUUGAGGUCACCAGUGGGCAGUGGGCAGUGUCUUGGUGGAAGGGAAUGAAUACUUUUUGCUUCACCAGAAAGUGCCCGGUAGUAAAUGUUUUCUUCUCUUUUAACUCCCUGCCCCUUUUUACGUUUGCAGGUGCCAAAAUAAUUUCCAGUUCUCCCUCUUAUGCUGCAUGUUAACUGGUUCAUUAACUGCAAAACCUUUUCACCAGUACCAGUGUGAUAUAGCACACCUAUACUUCCACAUAAGUUGCAUUGAUUUUUUUUCUGGACAUCCUUGGAGAAGUAGAAACUGAUUGAAAAUGACUUCUGUGUCUCAGCCCAUGACUCAACAAGGCAGAAUGGCCACCCCGCCAAGGUUUGCAUCUUUUUUCAACAGUGCCUCGCCCUCCCUCUAGGACUGAAGUGCUUAUGCCCUUCCAAGAACUCCUCCUCCAUUUCCUUUUUGGGAUUUGCCAUUAUCCUCCUAUUCUCCGGUCUCCUAUUUUUGGUGUUGUUUAAGUGAAGGAAGAAAUGCUCCCUCUAAUUUCUCCCUGGCCCAUUAUAACCUGCUAUCUUGGGGCAGCUUUUGAUGUAUGACAUGUCACCCUUCCCAACUUGGUUGUCUACAACACUGCUGUCUUCAUGUGGAGCCCUCACCACAAUCCCAACUCUGGUCAUUUGUGCCUUUCUCUUGUCAUCUCUGUACACUACUUAUAUUCACUGUGGGUUGGGGGGAGCUAAUUUUAAGCAUGUUCAAUGGCAGCUCCCUGUCAGAUUCAGUGUCACUGUUAAAAUUUAUCCAAAAGCAACUUCACUGGGGAUUUUCUUGAGGGGUAAAGGCCUUUUACAGAAGCUAACCCUUCCCCACAUGUGGUAGAAUGUGCUGUUCUAUAUCUACUCCUCAAUAAAGCAUGUUCUCUGCUCAA